AUUAAACAUGGGUCGCCGACCAGCUCGGUGUUACAGAUACUGUAAAAACAAGCCAUACCCAAAAUCAAGGUUUUGUCGAGGUGUUCCAGACCCGAAGAUCCGAAUUUAUGACUUGGGACGUAAGAAGGCAUCGGUAGAGGAUUUCCCUCUGUGUGUACAUCUUGUGUCUGAUGAAUAUGAACAGUUGUCAUCUGAGGCAUUAGAGGCUGCCAGAAUUUGCGCCAACAAGUACCUGGUCAAAUACUGUGGCAAGGAAGCUUUCCAUCUUAGAAUGAGGGUGCACCCUUUCCAUGUAAUCCGAAUCAACAAGAUGUUGUCGUGUGCUGGAGCUGAUAGACUCCAGACUGGUAUGCGUGGUGCUUGGGGAAAGCCACAGGGCACUGUAGCUCGUGUACAUAUUGGCCAGCCUAUCAUGUCUGUACGUGGUAGAGAUCCAAAUCUUGCAAACAUCAUAGAGGCACUUCGUCGUGCGAAGUUCAAGUUCCCAGGAAGACAAAAGAUCUUUGUUUCCAAAAAGUGGGGAUUCACGAAGUGGCCACGAGAAAAGUACCAACAGAUGAGACAGGAACAUAAACUGAUCCCAGAUGGCGUCACUGUACAGUAUAAACCAGACAAGGGACCUCUUAUUGCCUGGAAAAACCGCAUGGAAAAAAUCUAUGGUUAAUUUAUUGUUAACAGACUGUAGAGAAUAAAGUGUGGUCAAGAAGAAA